UAAGGUUUGGACGCACGCGUGCGCACGCAGAGCGCAUCUCCGCUCGGCACAUAAGUGCGCGUGCGUUACUGCCUGUAAGUCAUUGUUGUACGUCGGACAUAUUUAUACAAUGGCUUUAAGAAUAUUUACUGUUUUGGUGGCAGCAGCUGGCUAUGCCUGUGCAGCUCCAAGUGAAACCUCGGAUCUAGAAAAGGCCUUGAUUCCUAAACAAGUAGAUCAACAAAAAGAUGAUUUAGUUACUGACGCUAGUAGCUCGUAUGUUCGCGGUUAUUCGGAUUGGGGCGGUUACCCUAGUGCAAGCAGCUAUAGUGGUUACGGAGUUACGGGCUACGGCACUUUAGAUGACAAAUAUAACAACUACAAUUCAUACUAUGGGGGGUACGGUGGAUAUGACAACGCGUACGGCUACAACGGAUACGCCGGGAACUCUGGAUAUGGCGGUUACGCCGGGAACUCUGGCUAUGGCGGAUACGCUGGAAACUCUGGCUACGGCGGAUACGCCGGGAACCAAGGUGGAUACGCCGGGAUCUCAGGCGGAUAUUCUGGGAUCAACGGCGGCUACAAUGACUACAACGGUUACAAAAGAUACGGCGGCUAUGGCCUAAGUAAUGUUGCCGGAAAUGGCGGAUAUGGUGGCUAUGGAGGAAACGGUGGACUAGUGUCUUAUUAUGGAUACAAUAGCCCAUAUAACCAAGGCGCAUAUCAUCUGGGCUAUGGAUAUUAUAACAAAAGAACCGGUAAUAUCUAUAACAGUGGUGUUACUCCUAGUUUAGUCACAGGAUAUAGAGGUUACUCAAGAAGAUAAGGAACACAUUGUCAAUAAUAAUUAUUUUUUACUGCUUUACUGUGUAAGAUAACCAAAGUAAUUUCCCAAAGUUAGGUAACUUAAUAUAUUUUAAAACUUUGUUACAAAUGUUAACUUUUGUUUAUCAAUAAAAAAUAUUAUUCCUU